GGCGGUAAUGCACCUGAACGUUUCUUGCCAAUCGCCAUAAAACUCCAAAAGAAGUAGACAAAUGUUAGCAUGUUACUUGCUAACAUGCCGGCUAUAUUAUCCGACAAGAAAAUGCAGUUUUAUGCCUGCAGUUGGUAAAUACAGUAUACUGUUUUUUCGUCGCCUUUAUUAAACCUUCAUCGCUGAUAUUCAUCUUUAACUGCAGCAGGGAAGGAUGGCAGUCGAAAAAUUUGUUUCAAAGACACUCGAACUUCUUCAAGAAGAGAGGGAAGCUGAAAUAGAGGAAACCAGGGUGUGGAAGGAGAACAUAUCACUCAAGGAGCUUCAAAACAAAGGAGUGUGCCUGUUAAAACUUCAAAUUGGAAGUCAGUCCACAGGCAUGUACGGUCGAACAGUUGUUGUCCUCGAGCCAAGAAAGUAUCUUGGCCUCUCAUCUCUUCCAAGCAAUAGCUUUGGACCUGGGGAUAUAGUUGGUUUAUAUGACUCCGGGGGAUGCAGUGAGACCUCUCAGAUCAGCACAGGCAUUGUGACACGGGUCAGCCAGAUCUCAAUAAGUGUGGCUUUUGAUGAUUCAAAGGAUGGGCUCAGUUUUGAUGCACAGGCUCUAUACAGUCUCUUAAAGUUGGCAAAUGAUGUAACUUAUAAACGAAUGAAAAGGGCUUUAGAUAGGUUAAAUGGAUACAACAAUGGACCAUCUGCAAAUCUGAUCAAUGUUCUCUUUGGGGAAGCCAAACCUUCUUCUCAUUCCCAACCAUAUGAGGUCAAAUUCUUUAACUCCAACCUGGAUGAUUCCCAGAGAGAAGCGGUGACCUUUGCGUUGUCUCAGAGAGAGUUGGCAGUGAUUCAUGGACCUCCAGGCACUGGGAAAACCACCACGGUAGUGGAGAUCAUUCUGCAAGCUGUCAAACAAGGCCAAAAGGUCUUAUGCUGUGCCCCUUCAAAUGUGGCAGUGGACAAUUUAGUGGAGAGUUUAGCCCGGUGCAAGGCCAAAGUUCUGAGGCUCGGUCACCCAGCCAGACUUCUGGAGUCUAUACAGAAGCAUUCGCUGGAUGCCAUCCUCGCCAAGAGUGACAACGCCAACAUAAUUGCUGACAUCCGAAGGGAUAUUGACAAAGCUUUUCUUGGAAUGAAGAAGAACAACGAGAAAGGAGAGCGGGGCAACCUCUGGAGGGAAAUAGGCGAGCUGAGAAAAGAGCUGAAAACCAGGGAAGCCACGGCCAUCGGCCAGAUUCUAAAAAGUGCUGACGUUGUGUUGUCAACCAACACAGGUGCGUGUGAUGACGGGCCUCUGAAGUUCCUGCCAGCCGAGCAUUUUGAUUGGAUGGUGAUUGAUGAGUGUGCCCAGUCGCUGGAGAGCAGCUGCUGGAUUGGUCUGCUCCAAGCUCGCAAAUGCAUUCUGUCAGGAGACUACAAGCAGUUACCACCUACUAUCAAAUCACAAGUGGCGGCUUCAAAAGGCUUGUCUCUUAGUCUAAUGGAGAGACUCAUCCAGAUGUAUGGAGACUCAGUUGUGCGGAUGCUAACAGUUCAGUACCGCAUGAACAGUGCCAUCAUGGAAUGGGCCUCCAAAGAGAUGUACCACGGAAGACUGACAGCACACAGUUCAGUGGAGGCACACUUAUUAAAAGAUCUCCCUGGGGUCACCUGUGUCGAAGAAACCAGCACACCUCUUUUUCUCAUCGACACAGCUGGUUGUGGUCUGACAGAAAUGGAGGUGUCAGAUGAGCAAUCCAAAGGCAACCAAGGUGAGGUUGAAAUCGUAGCACUGCACAUUAAAGCCUUGACUGAAGCUGGGGUGAAUGCCAAAGACAUAGCUGUUAUUGCUCCAUACAAUUUGCAGGUCGACCUCCUGCGUCAGAAACUUUCUGCAAGGCAUCCAGCGCUAGAAAUCAAGUCAGUAGAUGGCUUUCAAGGCAGAGAGAAAGAAGCUGUGGUUUUGUCUUUAGUCCGGUCCAAUCGGAAAGGUGAAGUUGGUUUUCUGGCAGAGGACAGAAGGAUAAACGUUGCUGUCACACGUGCGAGACGUCAUGUGGCCAUUGUGUGUGACACCCAGACGGUUCAAAAUCACGCUUUCCUCAAGACGCUGGUCCACCAUGUCACUGAGUACGGGGAGGUCCGAACAGCAUUUGAAUACCUACAGGACAUUGUCCCGCAGAAUUACGUCCGUGACCACAAAGACACAAAACCUGACACUUCGACAACGCAGAAGCCCGAGGGAAAGAAACCCAAACCGGUUCCCAAGAAAUCAAGUGGAAGUAGCACGCAGGCUAAUAAACGCAACAAUCCCAUAAAGGCAUGUGUAUCGGCGCUCGCUGAGGAGGAACAGAAAAGGAACCGACAAAGUGAGAUCAGAGAGAUGGUGGAGAACUUUAUGAAGAAUCUCAGUAAGAGUGAACUCGAAUUCCCGCCAUCGUUCAACUCCCACGACCGCCUGCUGGUGCACCAGAUCGCCGAAGAGCUCGGCCUCACGCACCAGAGUAAAGGCGAGGGGAAAGACAGGUGCAUCACCGUCUCCCGGCCAACAGCUCAAGAGCAGGCGGAAAGAGAAGAAAGUAAGGGAGCAGCUACUUCCCAGCAGCAGGACACUCCUCAACACCCCCCAAAAGAAUCUCCAUUAGAUUUAAAAAGUUUACACGUAGAGCGAAUGCAGAGGGAACAGCAGAAAAGGGAAGAUCAUGCUCGACAAAAGAAGCAGCAAAGCUCAGUCGCUACAAAGAAGUCCGCCGCCGCUAAAGGAAAGAAGACGACCAAAGCAGGCGCCUGCGAAAUUGCAGCGGCCGCUUCCCCGGGCGACGACUUUGACGCCCUCAUCAGCGCUGUGGUGAAGGCAGACAGCGUUUGCAGUUUUGCCAAGUGUAAAGCCUCCGUGCUAACACUUGGACAGCUUUGUCUUUUCUGCAACAGGCAAUAUUGUCUCAGUCACCACAUACCAGAGGUGCACGGCUGUGGAGAUAAAGCCAAGACUCACGCUCGAAUGAGAAUAAGCAAGGAGGGGGUUCUGUACGCCGGCAGCGGGACAAAAGACAAAUCCAUGGACCCCAAUAAAAAAGCUUAUCUACACAGGAAACUGGACUCUAAACUCAAAGAUAUGGCGACACAGAGGAAAACAAAAAACAAAGAGAAGGAUGGGUAACAAUUCUGAAAUAAAGUGGUGUUAGUCCUGCCAAAAAUGUUC